UUGCGAUUGAAUUGCCAAAAAGUCGCAAAAGUUGCUCUGCUGGACGUGCACCAUGAUUCCUCCCGUGAAGCAGGAUCUUGCCACGAUGGUAGCGAUCGCGCCCACACCGUCCACACAACGUGCUGCUGCUAAGAAGAAUACACAUCAGAGCGACAACCAGUCGAAUGCAGCUCUGGAGAUCAUCCAGCAGCCGCCCGAGACCUGGUACAAGGAUCAAUACGGUCGCAAGGCUACGUUCGAGCUCAAAGUGAAGCGCACGGCAAUGUUUUGUGAAAAAUGUGUUGAGCAGCGUAUCCUGACGGUGCAGUUACUGUACGAGAGCGGAAAGGUGGUGGAGAAGCAGGAAAUCCUGCACGUCAUGUCUGGACAAUGUUUAGACAAGAACAGACAGAGUGCGUUGGCGAUCCGCAUUGCAGAAGUGUCCAAGAACCAUCUAAACCAGGUGACGGGAGAAGAUACGGCAAUGAAUGUGUGGGUUGAGACUAACCAAAGUGAUUAUUCAUGCAGAGGUUUCGCGUGGAGAUCUCUGUGCCAAGAUGCGCUAAUGGAUGUGACUACGAGACAUCAGUGGUGUCAGAUCCGGUGCUGGUGUUGUCCAAGAAGAAGAAGCGACCAGUGAAGCAGAACACAGAGACGGAAGCGUCAUCAGCGACUGCAAAGAAACCAAGACGAGCGUCAGUGCAGGACACGCCGAAGCCGACACUGUCGAGCGAUUCGCCCAGUAGUUCGCAGCCAUCGACGACUACAAUUACGGGCAAUGUGACUGCGGUGAUUGCCGAGAUGGAGUCGAUUCCACUGCCUUCAGAUGAUAUGACAGCCCCGUUCACACCAGAGACACCGAAUUUGUGCUUGUGGGCGAACGCAGCGUUUGAUUUGCUUUACAAAUUGCAGUGGCAGCGGGUACAGACAAGCGGAGCAGAGAAACCGGGUGCAAACCUUGAUGAGAUUUUGGCGCAAGCGUUGACGAAGACCUACAGAUGUCCGUCGUGUCAGGAGACGUACAGACAGGUACCAACUCAUCGAAAUGACUGCGAUCUGAAGCUGCUACUGGAGCAAGGUGGGAAAACCGAGACGACGACUGAAACAGAUAAUAACAUUACAGCAUCUCAUUCACUACAAUGGUCCUCGGACAAGCAUGUGGAAUGGACUGAUCGAUCGAAAGUAAUGUACAGCGGCGGCGAUCUUACGCCGAAGAAGCAGGCGUCUCCGUACAAUCUCUCACAAGAUAUUCCAAAGCCGUCUGGGCCCGGAAGUGGAGAUAAUCAGACACCUUCAGAUGGCUUUGCCUUUUCGGCAGCCGCUGCACAUUUCAGCGUCAACACGUGGAAGGACUAUGCAUCGAUAUCCAAGCUACUUUACAGCGCUUCAUACAUCGACCCUAAGUCACCACAAGCAAGUGCUGCACUUAGUUCUACUGUACAGUGGACGGGUGUACUACCCCCAGUAGGUACACUAUCUCCUGGUUUUCCCACUCUCCCCAGCGCGACGAAGAAUCUUCCAGUGCAAGCUCAACAAAACACACCGCCCCAGCGAUUUUCAGUAUUGCUGGCAGCGACAAAAGGCAUGCCCGCUGAUGCGGCAGAUCUCUUUCGAGAAAGCGAAGAAGCACUGCAUGGAGAUGGUAAUAUCGUAAGCUCGAUGGACUCGAUGAACCUGAGCGAUUUCCUCCGCCCAAACCCCGGAGAUAAAGACCAGCAGCCGCGGCAUGGACCAAUAUCUUUGUCUGCGCUGCUACCAAGCGAUCAGUUGGGAAAUCCUGAAAAAGGUGUGCAAACAAUUAUGGCAUACGACUUUCAAGGCUGCGGACUACCAGCGCUGGACGCCGAUUUCAACCUGGUGGGAUUUUAUCACGUCUUAACUGAAACGGUAAGGGAUUCUUGACGUUAUUUCAAGAGUAUGGCGUUGUUCUGAUCACUGCUUGUCAAUGAUAUUAACCCCUUAACAGAACAACAGUCCAGCUGAACUACGCUUUGGACCGCACCUGUUCCCAUUGCCUGAAGAAAUGCUCCAAGAGUUGACAAACACCAUUGCAGAAUGGAGGCAAAGCGCGUCAAUUUGCCAUCGGAGAGAAUCAACCAACAGCAGACCAGAGGAAUCGCUCGCCCGCUUGAAGAGUGCAGUGCUGCAACAAGUUACACGCUGUUGAGCCGGUAGCAUUAUGCGAUUAUUUAUUUGACGCUGCAAUAAAACAAUUGUCAGAAAACGGGUCAAAUCUAUUGAAAUAUAUUCUUAGUGAAAAAUCAA